AUGAGUCACAAUAAUCCGCCAUCGAUCAGUGGCCGAGUGCACACCACUAUUGACGUUGAACCCUCAUGUAACGACAAGAGCUUUUUAUUGUAUUUGGAACGAAUUCUAUCGGUUCAUAUCAUUAUAGAUUGGCAACGCCGAUUACAGGAAGUCAUGCGUGUUCGUACAGAAGGGGAGGCCAUCCUACCUUCUCAUUGGGAAGUCUUACUCUCUUCCAUCAUUAACAUUCUCAAUGUGGUGUUAGACAAGGGCCAAACUGAAAUUAGUGAACUCGACAAAAUAUCAUUUUCAGGAAGUGUGUUUGGUAUAAUUUUGGAAAGUACAACGAGCGCUGCUGAAGAUAUUGCAGGAGUUGGUCAAUGGAGCCGAGGUUUUAAAAAGGUGUGGUAUCUCCUUGAUUCGUUAAUCAAGAAGUUAGUUGUUCGAAGUCUCAAUCAGGAAGAACAAGAACUGUUAUUUGAAUAUAAUGCCUUUAUUCGAAGAAAAUCAGAAGCUCAAGAUGAAGAAGAAUCUAGUUCGGCUCGACAAUGGAAAAUUUCACAUUUAUUAAGCAAACCACAAGUUUCUCAUGUAAGAAUUAUGGACCAAUUUGAAAAUAGUAAUUGGCGAAAGCGAAAUGCCCUUCGAAGGUAUUUUAGUCCCACCAUUUUCAAGCGAAAAGAAACUCCUAAAGAGAUGGAGAGUUGGAAAGCUACUGGCACAGGUCCAUAUUGCAGUUACCAAACGUCAUUUUCGGGAUCUAGGGAUGAUGUGAUUUUGAACAAAUUGGGACACUCAUCCUCGGAAGAAAUUAGUGACACCACAACUCCAUCAACGGAAUUGACAGAAACUUCACAGACUGUGACAGACCGUACUUCCCAUCCUUAG